AUGUCAGCAGGCAUACACAAACUGGGUUACAUUAAGUUAUCAGAUGUUACAGUUCUUCCCAUUUUGCAUGAAUUCCCUGACAGUUCCACAGGAUUAGGGUAUCCAGCUCUUCAAACUACCUGUUUGGCAGCACCUGUGAUCAACAGAGUAACCAAACGCAAGUUCAAAGUAGAGAAAGCAGAAAGUCAGAGACACAUAUACCUUCGCCGGAUCCACAGGAAGUGCAGAAUAUACAAGCCUCAGAACAACACAAAUAAUCAAUCAUCACAAAAUCACACACGAGAAUUACAACACCAACUGCCACAAAUGAACUCCAAGUCACAUCAACAUUCACAUGUGAAUUCACAUUCACAAACUGAUCCAUGCGUCCUCCAGUCUGGCCUCGAGUUGCUUCUCCUUCAGUCGUCUCCCAAACUCCGUGCUGACGACACGCGCCUCUCCGUUGCCAUGGAGAUGCCCGGCGUGUCGACCCUGAUGCUGGAAAGUCUCGCUCUCUUGUGUUUGGUCUUCAGUGCCUGCAAUGGCGCCUACAUCAUCACGACGCCUCGCCAGUGGGCGCCCGGGGAAGAGAACCAGAUCUGCGUGAACGUGCCCGACGCCGCCGCAGACGCCGGCUUCAUCUCCCUCAACAUGAAGACGACCGAAUACAACAGGCUGGGCAGAAGAAACGUUACUAUCCUUCCCGAGACAACGUUUGAGGUCCCCGCGGGACGGGUGGAGGCCUGCCAGCAAGUGAUCGCCCCCCACCGCACCUUCUACAACGUCGACCUCCACCUCAGCGGGAGAGUGGGCGGGGCUGACCUGAAGGAGACCCGGAGCAUCAGGUUAAAGGGCAGCUACAACCUGACCAUCAUCCAGACGGACAAGUACCUGUACGAGCCAGGUCAAGAGGUCAAGUUCCGGGUCCUGACAAUUCACGGGUCGAAGGGUCAGGUCGUCACAGAUCCGUACCCUGAAAUAUGGGUGACAACGCAGUCAGGAUUCCGGGUUGCACAGUGGAUGAAUGUCGACAACUCGGCUGGUCUCGUCCACCUGUCCUUCCAGCUGGCUGACGAACUCGAACAGGGCCGCUAUACCAUUGCGGUGAAGGGCUCGGGACGGAUGACCAGGAGGAAGGUCUUCAGGGUGGAGGAAUACGUCCCGCCCCGAUUUGAGGUCAAGGUCACGCCCCCGGGCUUCCUCUUGGCCAGCGAUGCGCAGUUCGCGGUUGAAGUCUCUGCCAUGUACUCUUUCGAUCGCCCGGUGAAGGGAACUGCGACUCUGGUGAUAUCUAACGAUUUGAGCAGGAAAUGUAGAGCCGUUGUUAAGAAGAUUGGUGAGAUAAAAGGUCAUAGGAAGUUCGAAAUCGACGCCUCGGAACUGCGCAUUCACUGAGGUGAG